AUGGCGUCAAAAACGCCCCCAGCUGACGACCUCGUCGUCGGUGUCGACCGCCAAUCUGCAGAAGUCGGUGAUCAUCAGUCUGCAAAGCUCGCCAGCACAUUUGUCCAAAAUGCCAAAUCGGCUUCAGACAAGGAGCAGAAGAUGAGCCUUAUGGAGGGCAUCAAGCUCUACCCCAAGGCCAUUGCGUGGUCGGUCCUCAUCUCGACUUGUAUCGCCAUGGAGGGCUACGAUAUCUCUCUCGUCAGCAAUUUCUACGCUUUCCCCCAGUUCAACCGCAAGUACGGUGUCUGCAACGCCCAAGGUGUCUGCGAGGUUCCCGCCUCAUGGCAGGCCGGCCUCAGCAACGGUGCUACCGUCGGCGAGAUCAUCGGCCUCUUUAUCAACGGAUGGGUCUCGGAACGCUUCGGCUACAGGUGGACCGUCAUCACUUGUUUGAUGCUAGUGGCCGCUUUUACCACCAUCUUCUUCACCGCGCAGAAUGUCCAGACUCUUUUGGCGGCCGAGAUUCUGUGUGGUGUUCCCUGGGGCGUUUUCCAGACUUUGUGCAUCACCUAUGCCUCCGAGGUCUGCCCCGUCGCCCUGCGCGGCUACCUGACGACCUAUGUCAACUUCUGCUGGGGCCUGGGACAGGAGAUUGGUAUCGGCGUCAUCAUGUCCAUGCUUGACCGCGAGGACGAGUGGGCGUACCGUAUCCCGUAUGCGCUGCAAUGGAUGUGGCCGGUGCCGCUGGCGCUUGGUAUCUUCUUCGCGCCCGAGUCGCCGUGGUGGCUGGUGCGCAAGGGCAAGAUUGACGAGGCGAAGAAAUCUCUGCUGCGCUUGACGAGUCGCGACAAGAACACGGAUUUCGAUGCCGACGAGACGGUUGCCAUGAUGGUGCACACCACUGCGCUCGAGGAGAAGAUCACGGCCGGCGCAACAUACUUGGAUUGCUUCAAGGGUGUCGACUUGCGCCGUACCGAAAUUGUUUGCAUGACCUGGGCGAUUCAAAACCUCAGCGGCAAUUCCUUCUCAAACUAUUCUACAUACUUCCUCAAGCAAGCCGGUCUCUCCGUCGCCAACUCAUACAAAUUCGCCCUUGGCCAGUACGCAAUCAACAUGGCUGGUGUCUUUGGCGCUUGGUUCCUUAUGUCGUGGGGCAUUGGCCGACGUACUCUCUACUUUUACGGUCUUUGCGGUCUCUGCAGCAUGCUCCUGAUCCUCGGCUUCUUGGGUCUGGUCCCGGAACAACACCGAGACCAGGGCGCGUUAGCGACAGGAAGUGUCAUGAUCGUCUGGGCCAUGUUCUAUCAGCUCACUGUCGGUACCGUCUGCUACUCGCUCGUGAGUGAGCUGCCCUCGCGUCGUCUGCAGAUCAAGACUGUUGUACUGGGUCGUAACCUUUACAACAUUGUCAACAUCAUCAACAACGUCCUCACCCCCUACAUGCUCAACCCAACGGCAUGGAAUUGGUCCAACUACACCGGCUUUUUCUGGGCUGGCAUCUGCUUCUGCUGCUGCAUUUACACCUACUUCCGCGUUCCGGAGCCUCGCGGCCGUACUUAUGCGGAGUUGGACGUUCUGUUCGAGCACAAGGUCAGCGCGCGCAAGUUCGAGUCGACCAAGGUCAAUGUCUUUGACGAGGAUGUUGGUGAGAAGGCGAUGCAAAACUACCACCAGCAAAUCCGCAUCUCGCACUCUGAGAAGAAUGCCAAUGUGUAA